AUGCAUAUCAAGGAUAUGCUAGCCGAAGCCGAGAAGGGCGGCCAGCCGUCCUUCUCCUUCGAGUAUUUCCCCCCCAAAACUGCUCAAGGUGUCCAGAAUCUUUACGACCGAAUCGACCGCAUGUAUAACUUUGGACCCAAGUUUAUAGACAUUACUUGGGGAGCUGGAGGCCGUAUUGCCGAGCUUACCUGCGAGAUGGUUCUUCAAGCCCAGUCAGUCUACGGCCUCGAGACUUGCAUGCACUUGACUUGCACCGACAUGGGACUGGACAAGGUCAACGCUGCUCUCCAAAAGGCGUACAAGGCUGGUUGCACCAACAUCCUUGCCCUCCGCGGCGACCCCCCUCGAGCCCAAGAGAAAUGGACUGCUGCCGAAGGCGGAUUCCAUUAUGCCCGCGAUCUUGUCAAGCACAUUCGAGCUACCUACGGCGACCACUUCGACAUUGGCGUUGCUGGCUAUCCCGAAGGCUGCGAUGACAACAAGGAUGAAGAACAACUGCUCGACCAUCUGAAAGAAAAGGUGGACAUGGGAGCAUCAUUCAUCGUGACCCAGAUGUUCUACGAUGCCGACAAUUUUGUUCGCUGGGUUGGCAAGGUUCGCGAGCGUGGAAUCAACAUCCCUAUUCUUCCUGGUAUCAUGCCCAUUGCUACCUAUGCCAGCUUUCUGCGGAGGGCCAAGCACAUGCAGUGCAAAGUCCCCGACCACUGGAUGACGGCUUUGGAGCCAGUAAAGAAUGACGACGUUGCUGUCCGUGAGAUUGGAAAGACUCUGGUUGCCGAGAUGUGCCGCAAGCUGCUGGCCAAUGGCAUUUAUCACCUGCACUUUUACACCAUGAACUUGGCCCAAGCUACGCGCAUGCUGCUCGAGGAAUUGACUUGGGCACCAUGUGCCGAGCGGCCCCUUCAGCAGGCUCUUCCCUGGAAGCAGUCCAAGGCCCUCGGACGACGAGAUGAAGAUGUGCGACCUAUAUUCUGGCGCAACCGCAACAAGUCCUAUGUUCUCCGCACGCAGGACUGGGACGAAUUUCCCAACGGUCGAUGGGGUGAUUCUCGGUCCCCUGCUUUCGGAGAGUUGGAUGCCUACGGUAUCGGCCUGACCGGCACCAACGAGGCCAACCGCAAGAAAUGGGGAGAGCCAACCACUGUCCAAGACAUUGCCGGCAUUUUCGUCAAGUAUCUCAACCGAGAAAUGGAGUCGCUCCCUUGGAGUGAGGCUCCUCUUACUGGUGAAGCCAAUGCCAUCAAGGACAAUCUUAUCCAACUCAACAAGCGUGGCCUUCUAACUAUCAACUCGCAGCCUGCGGUUGACGGCGUCAAGUCAUCGCACCCCAUCCACGGCUGGGGUCCUUCUAACGGCUACGUUUACCAAAAGGCAUACCUUGAGCUUCUUGUCCCUGCCUCCAUCUUCACCGAGAUGGUUAAGCGUGUCGAGGAUAAACCAACCCUGACCUACUACGCUGUCACCAAGGAUGGUGAACUCAAGACGAACGCUCCAUCAGAUGGACCCAACGCUGUAACCUGGGGUGUCUUCCCCGGCAAGGAAAUUGUCCAGCCCACUAUUGUGGAGAGCAUCAGCUUCCUCGCGUGGAGAGAUGAGGCAUUUAGACUGGGCACGGAUUGGGCCCACUGCUUUGAGUCCGAGACGCCUAGCCGAGUUCUCCUUGAUCAAAUCAUGAACGAGUGGUAUUUGGUCAAUGUUGUCAACAAUGACUUCCACGAGAACCAAACCAUCUUUGAUCUCUUUGAGGGACUUGAAGUCAAGGGACUCGACACUCCUGUGGCCGUAUAA